CCUUCUUUCGCUGAACACGUGGUGAUCCAACCCACGAGAGCACUAGACUAGGAGUGACCUGGCCGAGCGAAGCGAAGAGGGGAUUGGAUUGCCUCGGUAAAAAGAAAGGCUGCGUGGAAGGAGUGGGAAGAGGCGAGCUCUCGAAUCUGCGGCGCCUCGUUUCUUCGCCGACUCGAUCUGCCGGCGGCAUGGAUGGGAAGAACUUGGGCAGUGGGCAACUAGCUCAGCAAGCUAAGCCAGAUGCCUUGACAGACGAUCAGGGGACCCUGAAGCACACUGCGGAUUCUCACACCGAAAAUCCGACUUCAGUGAAUGGUCAGAGUUCUGUAGAUAUGAACAUGGAAGCUGCGAUCUCAGCCGAUGAUGUCAUGCGAGCCGGCGGCUUCGGCGCCAAAGACGACAUCGGCAGCCUCCUACCAACGGCGAUGGACUCCACCGACUUCGAGGCCUCGCUGCGGGACGCCCGCGACUUUGAAGGCGAGCAGGAGCAACCGGCGCGCCCUGGGCUGGGUUACAGGGCAUCGGAAGCUGACGCGGGAAUCAAGCCGUCGGACACGCCACAGCAGUGAUCCUGCCUCCUUGUGCAACUAAUAUUUCAGAAAGACAAAGCACGCCAUCCAUGUUUCUGUAGUUUUCCAGCUUCUGUUGUGCUUCAGUUGGUAGCCCUGACAUCUUGUUGUUUUGGUGCUGGAUGAAUAUGAGCUUAUGAACACACGAGUUAUGCGAAAGUAUGGUUUUAUUU